AUGGAGUACCAAAAAGCAUCAGAGAUUAAUGGCGUCUGCAAUGGAAAAAUUGUUACAGAAUAUCUCAACGGGUUCAGUGAAAAAUCCAUAGAGGCAAAGAAAGCUGAAUUGAUGGGCAAGGAGGAGAAGUCCCACAAGGAGUCAGAGGAUGUGUGCAAGAUAUCUGCCAUUGAAGGAGCCUACGGCGUCGUACUUCGCGAACUGGGAGAAGACGUGGAACGUGAGGGUCUACUGCGUACACCAUUACGGGCAGCCAAAGCAAUGCAGUUCCUCACCAAAGGUUAUCACGAGACAGUAAAUGACAUCCUGAACAAUGCCAUCUUUGACGAGAACCACAACGAGAUGGUGAUCGUGAAGGACAUUGAAAUGUUCUCUCUCUGUGAGCACCAUCUCGUGCCCUUCUUUGGCAAGGUUCACAUUGGAUAUCUUCCAAACAAUAAAGUGGUUGGUCUGAGCAAGCUGGCAAGGAUUGUUGAAAUGUUCAGCAGGAGGCUUCAAGUGCAGGAACGCCUGACCAAGCAGAUCGCUACAGCAAUCUCAGAGGCAUUAGAGCCUGCAGGCGUAGCAGUCGUCAUUGAAGCAGCUCAUAUGUGCAUGGUGAUGAGGGGUGUGCAGAAGAUGAACAGCAAGACCGUGACAAGCGCCAUGCUGGGACUCUUCCAAGAGGAUCCCAAGACCCGGGAGGAGUUCUUGGCUCUGAUCAAAAACAACUGACCCACUUGGACCGUUGUUACCUCACCCUGUCUUUCCAAGCAAAAACAGCAAUCUCUCCAGCUAUCACCAAACAAUGGCAGAUUGUUUUCUUAUUUUUCUCUUCUGCAUCUCAUUCUUUCAUUGAUCUUAGCUAAGUAUGUUCUGUCAG